AUGGAGGCUAUCCUCGUCUUUGACGAGGCUGAGGGCCUUUUCGGCCGACGGAAUGCUGAUGCCUCCAGCAGUGUGGACAAGCAUGCCAAUUUGGACUCUGGCUUGCUGCUGUACUGGCUGGAGCACUACCCAGGUCUCUGCAUCUUGACCACCAAUGCCAAAGAUGCAAUCGAUUCCGCCUUUUUCCGGCGGUUCCGGUUCAUGGUCGAGUUCCCACAACCUGAUCGGGCGACCAGAGCGAAGCUGUGGGAAUCCAGCUUGCCGAAGCAGGCGCCCCGGGCGGCAGAUGUGGACUUCCAGGCCCUGGCGUCGGAGUUCGAGAAGUUUGCUGGCGGAGACAUCCAGAAUGCCGUGAUUCGCGCGGCCUCGCGUGCCGCACUGCGACCCGACGAUGGCAAACGGUGGAUCUGCAUGGCGGAUCUAC